AUAUUGCUGCAACAACCGAGAGCACCUCUGGAAGGCGUUUCUGCGCACUUUUCGAAUGUGUAUUGCACCAUCUUGAAGGAAAUCAGAGGACCUGAGAUAUCCAACCUUCCUGGGUAGACGUCACAAGAGCUGCUGGACCCAUUCUCCUCAAACUCGGCCGCGAAACAAAAUGGCGGUGUUUUGGAGCUAUUUUCGAGAUUUCGUCGGGGCAAAGAAAAUCGAGGAUUAAACCGAAUCCAAAAUUCUUUUUUGCAGAAGUAUUUCAAAUAACAAGUAGAUUCGUUUUAGUGAAACAAUAAUUCUGGGGUUAGGUGCACUUAAAUUCUCCAUACCGACUACAGCUCAUUUCCUUUGAACUUAGUUGUGACAAUUUCGUAUUACAUCGAGAGACAGUGCAGGGAAAUGUUCAAAAACUCUCAAUCUUUUUCACAUGAGGCUUUGUUUUAUUUAUAUUAAUUCCAAGUUCAUAGUUAUUCGUGCAACUUACACGAUAUUAAACUUUCCUUGGGAAAGUUAAAAUGUAACAAUAUUGCAAUAAUAUUAAAUAAUAUGCAGCUGUCUUCACUGAAAGUUGCAUAUUUUACAAAAUUGGCAUGAAAGGAGAAAAACAAUUCUUUAAGCACGACAUAUUGAGAAAGUAUGCAACCAUAUCCACCACUAUUACAACGAUAUUGCUACAAUAUUAAAUAAUAUGCAGCUAUCUUCAGGGACAGUUGCAUAUUUUACAAAAUUGAAAGGAGAAAAACAAUUCUAUAAACAUGACACAAUCUUCAACUCUCCUUGAGAAAGUAUGCAACAACAUGCAACACUAUCACGGCAAUAUUGCAACAACAUUCAAUAAUAUGCAACUUUCUUCAGCGAAAGUUGCAUAUUUUACAAAACUGAAAGGUGAAAAACAAUUCUAUAAACAUGACCGACAUCAACAGAAGAAACAAAGGAAUCGCCAAGUUAAAAAAUCAGUUUACCCAACAGUGAUUUCUCUAAGAUUUGAAUGCAAAUAAAAUGAGUUAAGUUAAAUUGUUUACUUCGAAAUCAUUUACUCAUGUUUUCGUAAUUUUAAACUGUGCGAACGCAAAUGCUUUCAAAAUAUUUUCGGCGCAUAACAGCUUUUUUAAUCGUUAAAACUCGAGUUCUCACACCAAAACAGGCGGCAAUGAUUGUACAGUGAGAGCAACUAUCAAAAUAUAUAUCAUAAUCAAUCGAAUUUUCAUUGCUGCGUUCGCUGCAUCUCAGUUUUCGAUGCACACCGGCUAACAUAUGAAGCGAUCUUUUGUCGGAAGAGUGUUCACUAGUCAUUUUUACCAAUAAGAUUCUGCAGGAAAAAGUAAUAAUGAUAAUCCGUUAUGAACACGACAGAUCAAAUUAAUACGAUGCGCAGUUUACUCUCGGACUGCGUAAGUAGCGCGAUCUCCUUUUUCAAAAUAUUUUGAAUACUACGCAAUGAAUAAACGAGUAAUCGUCAAUAAAACAAGAUAUGGUAAACAAGAACGGUUUUCGAAAAAAAAAAAAGCAGCAGUCUCUGUUUAAAACUAACGUACUAUUUUUGCGCUAGUUUUCAAUAUCACGAACUGCGUGGUAAGCAAAAAAAGCCGUUAUUCUGAACGCCUGGUUUACGACAGAAUUACAUUUGAAACAGACUGUUGCCUAGAAUAGCAACCAAAAAAUGUUUAUCUAAAUUUUUGCGCGCGCAAAAACAAGUACGUUCACAUGUGGGCGAACUGGCGGCGAACUGUAUAAUUCUAAUGAUAAAAAACAUAUAUAUCCAUUUCCAAAUGUACGACAUAGCUUUAAAACACCAAAUGAAAUAGUGCGUGAUAGUUUUGUUCAAGCAAUCUCAAUUUAUGCCAGAUUAUUACUGGGUAUGCUCGAGAAUACCGGGUUAUAUUGACUGUGCUGAAGGUAUCUCCUUUAUUUGAAGCACUAGAUGACAGAUAAAUUGUGAGAUAUGAGGGGUAUAUUGUCCGAGUGGGUGAUAUGCAAAAUACUAUGUCAGAACGAGUACAUUGUAUUAGCGAUAAGCUGACAGAGUUGAUUUAAAUUGAUAUACUUAGAAAAAAAAAUGUGCAUCGCUUCCACCAGGAUGUGUACUUUCGAUUUCUUGCACAAAUACUGGCAACAAAUAAAUAACAUUUGCGCUUUUGGAAAACAAAGGUUGUUUCAAAUAUGAAAGGCCACUUGAGAUAACUAUAUUCUGUUUCCUUUAUUCUCUUCAAUGUACCAUUGAAAAAAAAAAAUCACGUUUUUUUAUUUAUUCACCACACUACGUAGGUAAAUACGAGAAUUGACGCACAUUUGAGUCAACAUUUACUCGUGUCACUCAUCUUAUCUCCCUGCCGUGCGACAUUGGCAUAUCAAGAUUAGGUUAUUCGGUCACGUUGUGAAAGUUUGCAAGUUUGCGAAGAUAAAACUAAAAGGGUUGUGGUAUUGUAACUCUACCAUUGCUGUCAACCGAGGCUUUGCCUGAAGCCAAUGAUGGUAUACGUUGAUCAAAAGAGACCUCCCUGAUUGCUUUUAAGGAACUUUUUAAUUCGUUCUCAAGCGUCCGGAUUUACGUAACGUCAACUCUCGAACAAAAGAAGAGUAAUCUCGCUUUUAUAUCAGAACCGCUGGAGCCGAUGUGUUGCUGUGCACAACGUACCGAUAGAAAUAGCUUGCAUUGUCUACAAUUUUGAUACCGCGACUGUGCGCGGAACAACUGCAAGGGAAACGAGCUGAAGAAGAAGUGUAAUCUAUUUUUUUUACUGAGAACGCAAAUGGCCAAAAGAAUGGGGCGCUUAAAGGACCGAGUUUUCUCCAAGCUCCGUCGUCCUUUUCAUUACAAGAGGGUUCACAAGAACAAAGAUGACCUUGAAGAAUCUGUGAUAAACAGCAGUGAAUGCGCCCGAACCCACUGCGAAACAACAAGCAAGGGAACUGUGACCUACAGCUAUCUUAAACCUGAUCACAACCAUCGUAACAACAACUCAGAGUGUCCGUGUUUUCAGAAAGGACUAUUCUCUCUUGAGGAAACUGAACUCGAGAACCUCAACGAGCACAGGAAAACCGCCGAGGCUGACGAGGAAGAAGAACUAGUCGCACAAACGAAGCAAUUGCCACCGCAAACUCGAAGGCGUUCCUCAGCUUUUCAAAAACUUAUCAACUGGGUGAAGCCGGAGAACAGAAGACACGCAAUUUGCGAGCAAAUGGAAAGAGAGAUUGAGACGAGAGGAGUGAGUUUGCGGCAGUAUCGAAAAUUCUUGGCCACGACUUACAUCUUGUAUGAUCUGAAAAUGCUCUGAUUAACAAAGGAUUUGACGAUCCAUACUACAAGGAAAGAGUGAGAACAUUGUGAGAUUAAUAGGAACGCUGUAUGACGGAAAGCUGACAGAAAAGUGAAAACUUCAAAUACGAACACAGCGUCGAAAUGUAAGGCGCACAUUUAAUAAGCUAGUAAAGCUUCUAGAUUAGUCCGAUAAUAAUUCCAGGUGAAAUGUCAGGAAAGCGACCGAAUGGUCAAAUUUAAUUUUGAAAACAUUUCGGGUAAUUCAUUUCAAAUUACAAAGCGGAAGAGUCGGAAAUUUUAAAACAAAGAAAAAAAAAAAGAGUGCAAGCAAAAUCUGAAAAAUUAAUCAUCGUAAAAAAAA